AAGCAACUCGGCAUGUCGUCCAUCGACUCGUACCAGACUCCUCUUUCAUCGCGCUAUGCCUCGAAGGAGAUGAGCAAGCUCUUCUCGUCGUCGACCCGCUUCGGCACCUGGCGCAAGCUGUGGCUCAGCCUCGCCACCGCUGAGAAGCAGCUCGGCCUCAACAUCUCGGACGAGGCGCUCGAGCAGAUGAAGGCCAACCUUGACCUCGACGACGAGCAGAUGGCCGAGGCGGCGGUCGAGGAGAAGAAGCGCCGUCACGAUGUCAUGGCCCACGUCCACGUCUUUGGCCUCAAGGCGCCCGCCGCGGCGGGCAUCAUUCACCUCGGCGCCACGUCGUGCUACGUGACCGACAAUGCCGACCUCAUCUUCCUCCGCGACGCGUGCGACAUCAUUCUUCCCAAGCUCGCCGUCGUCAUCGAGCGCCUCGCUUCGUUCGCCGAGCAGCACAAGGACCUCCCGACCCUCGGCUGGACCCACUUCCAGCCGGCGCAGCUCACGACCGUCGGCAAGCGUGCGACCCUCUGGAUCCAGGAGCUCCUGUGGGACCUGCGCAACAUCCAGCGUGCGCGUGACGACAUCGGCUUCCGCGGCGUCAAGGGCACGACGGGCACGCAGGCGUCCUUCCUCGCGCUCUUCGAGGGCGACCACGACAAGGUCGAGGAGCUGGACCGUCUCGUCACCGACCUGUCGGGCUUCAAGCACGCCUACCCGGUCACCGGCCAGACCUACUCGCGCAAGAUCGACAUCGACGUCCUCGGCCCGCUCGCGUCGCUCGGCGCCACCGCGCACAAGAUUGCGACCGACAUCCGCCUGCUCGCCAACCUCAAGGAGGUCGAGGAGCCAUUCGAAAAGGACCAGAUCGGCUCGUCCGCCAUGGCCUACAAGCGCAACCCGAUGCGCUCCGAGCGCAUCUGCUCUCUCGCCCGCCACCUCAUGGUCAUCCAGCAGAACGCCCUCAUGACGGCCUCGGUCCAGUGGUUCGAGCGCACCCUCGACGACUCGGCCAACCGCCGCAUCACCAUCCCCGAGGCGUUCCUCACGGCCGACAUCAUCCUCACGACGCUCCAGAACGUCACCGAGGGUCUCGUCGUGUACCCGGCCAUCAUCGCUCGCCGCGUCCGCCAGGAGCUCCCCUUCAUGGCGACCGAGAACAUCAUCAUGGCCAUCGUCAAGAAGGGCGGCGACCGCCAGGUGUGCCACGAGAAGAUCCGCGUCCUGUCGCACGAGGCCGGCGCCGUCGUCAAGCAGCAGGGCGGCGAGAACGACCUGAUCGACCGCAUCCGCGCCGACAAGUUCUUCGAGCCGAUCUGGGCCGACCUCGACUCGCUCCUCGACCCGAGCACGUUCGUCGGUCGCGCGCCGGAGCAGACGGCCAAGUUCGUCAAGGACUUUGUCCGCCCGGCGAUCGAGCCGUACCGGAGCCAGGUCGACGGCGCGCAGGCGGCCGAGCUCUCGGUCUGAAUGUCGGUGUGAGUGACGCAGAGCUGGAGGAGGGCGAGUUCGAGAACGAGGAGCAGGUAGACGGAGCGUCUGUGUCUGUUUGAAAAGCUGUCGUUUCCUGUUCUCCUCUCGAGCGCAGAUCCUGAAC